UGGGGAGGUCAACUAUUCCCCUCCCAAAUGCACCUGCUUCAGGUGAGCGGCAGCAGAAUUAGCCGCCGUCUCGCCCAGGCGAAAGGGGUCGGUGGCAUGCGACGGUGCUCCUUUUCUCGCGUGGCUUUUGUCAAGAGGAGCUUGUCCAGUGAGGGUUUCGAGCUUGUGCGCGGACCCCCGGCAGAAUGAACAACCCCAUACCUUCCAAUUUGAAGUCAGAAGCAAAAAAGGCAGCUAAGAUUUUAAGAGAAUUUACUGAAAUAACGUCCAGAAAUGGUCCUGACAAAAUCAUACCUGCCCAUGUAAUUGCCAAAGCAAAAGGCCUUGCAAUCUUGUCUGUUAUCAAAGCUGGAUUUUUGGUAACAGCUCGAGGAGGCAGUGGGAUCGUACUAGCUCGCCUGCCUAGUGGAGGCUGGUCUGCUCCGUCUGCCAUAGGAAUUGCUGGCCUUGGUGGUGGAUUUGAAAUCGGUAUUGAGGUAUCAGAUCUUGUAAUAAUACUGAACCAUGAAAGAGCAGUUGAAGCUUUUGCAAAAGGUGGAAAUCUUACUCUGGGAGGAAAUUUUACGGUGGCAAUUGGGCCUUUAGGGAGAAAUCUAGAAGGCGACGUGGCGCUGCGGAGCUCUGCUGCUGUGUAUACCUAUUGCAAAUCUCGAGGGCUAUUUGCAGGAGUUUCUUUGGAAGGAACUUGCUUAAUUGAAAGAAAGGAAACCAACAGCAAGUUCUAUGGCCGAGAUAUUCGUGCCAGCGCCAUUCUGUUUGGGGAUAUUUCUCCUCCUCUUCAGGCACAAGAUCUUUAUGAUAUCCUUGAGUCUUUUUCUCUGCAAUAUGAAGUUCAGGAGGGGAGAAGCUAUAGUAGUGCACCAGUGACAAGAGAACCAAGGAAGAUUAAUGUAAAGCUACCGUCAAGUAGGAUGUCUCAGAACAUUCCACCAGAAGCUCCAAGAACAUCAAACAGACUUUAUCCUGAGCUUCCCAGGGACUCUACUGCAAUGGGUAUAAAAUGUAAAUACCUGAAGAGGAGAAUCCCGUACAUCCACAGAGGAGUUCCGUGCAAUUCAGAAUUCUCCAGGGAUGCAAGAAGCUUUCCCCUGCAGAUAAUAAUCCCCUCGACAUGAAGACAGCGAGAAUGAUGACAGAAGCUCCCCCACAACAUCUUUAAAAAGCCACACGUGCUACUAAUGAAUGCAGAGGGCAUCUUUCUACCUACCUAUCUACCAUUUUUUCUUUCUGCCCUCACACAGCAUAUAAUCAUCACUGGAUACUCAAAUAAUUUCUGUAAUGAAGUUUAUAAUAGGUUUAUAAUAUGCGAUAUAUGUAAUAUAUAACAUAGGUAUAUGUAAUAAGUUUGUACUAUGUUAUUCUUAACUUUAGAGUCCCAUCAAGUUCUUCCCCACAUUAGAUUUCCACUGGAACCUCUAACUGCCAUAGGAUUCCUUGCAGACAGUCAUGAUAAUGCUCCGUGCAUCUUUUUCAGCUUUUUGUGCCUGCCUUCUGUCUGUCUGUCUGUCUGUCUGUCUCUCUCUCUCUCUCACACACACACACACCCCUCAUUCAUCCACUCCUCUUAACAAGUUGGGAGAAGGAAAGAGUUGUCUCCAUUCAUCACCUAUUUUCUCUUGGGCCACUGAAUCACAAAUGUGGCUAUCAACUUCCCUUGCCAAAACUAAACCAAUAUUACUGCAGAGCACCCAAACUCAUAGUUCUACUCACAGAGAUAUUUGGACACUGCCAGAUGGAGAGUCAGGUAAUGAAAAGAGUUUGACAGAAUAAUGUUAAAUUUCAUAAAAUAACAUUUAUUUUGAAGUUUUCUUGGUGAAAUACAUGGGUAACAGCACAAAGAGUUGCUCUGAAUAUAGAUUAAGCGAGUGCUGUACAAAACAUAUAUCCCACAGUCAAUAAACAAGGAAUCUUAUACUUGUUAGGGUCAAUCCAAUGUGUUUUGCAUUAUGUACCUAAGGAGGCUGAACUAGCUGCUCUUCUGAAAAAUUGAUUAUGGAAGGACAUUACUUUGUAUUUCAGUGGAUGCCAGAGGAAUCAGCAGGCAUUUGAGGAAAUAAAAGCAAAACUGUGUCAGGCGCUGGUUUUGGAGUAUUUUGAUGGAUCCAAACCAGUGGUGAUGGAGGCUGAUACAUCAAAGGAUGUGUUAGGGGCAUGUUUAUUGAAGGUAGAGCGCAUCUCUAUUUAUUAGGCUCCCAGGGCCUUGAAUGCUGUGGAACUAAAUUAUGCUCAAAUAGAAAUGGAGUUGUGGCUGUAGUUUAUGCACUAAAGAAUUUCCAUCAGCAUGUAUGUGGAAGAAUGGUGAUGGUACAGAUGGAUUACUGGUACAGAUGGUUUCAAGGAGUUGGAAACCAUUUUUAGGAGGCCAGUGAGUAAUGUACCAGCUCACAUCCAGUGUAUGUUCUUACAAUUACAGUGCUAUCAGCUGGAUGGGAGAUAAACUUCAGGGAAAUCUGUAUACAUAGCAGAUACAGUAUGUUGUCAAGGAUCCUUCAGCAGAUGAAUCAAGUCUAGUGAAGGACAAAUGUGCAGUAGAUGUGUUGUUUGGAGAUACAGAUAUGAAGGCCUUGCAAGAGGCUAAUAUCCAAGCUUUACAGUAACAGGGAGUUAUAAUGUUUAUUAGAAAAUAAUGGCCAAGGUAAUGUGUCUAAGAAUUAUAUAUUGGCCAUAGAUUCAGUCAGACAUUGAGUAUAUAGUAACAGAAUGUUUUCUUUGCAUGUCAUCAGGAAUCAGGAGUUAUUACUAUUACACAAGGUUCCAACUCUUCCAUGAGAAAAGGUUGGUGAUGUUUUUUGAGCUUGAUUUUUGUCUACGUUUGUUAAUGACUGAAGACUCUUCUAAGUACUCAGAGGUUGUGAGCUUUGUUAAUAAGGCAACAAAGGCUGCGACUGAUCAAUCAAAAGCUUUUUUUUUUCCUUGACGUGAAAUUCCUAGUGUGUUGGUAAGUGAUCAUGUUCUAUUUUCAAGUCAGGAGAUCUGUCGGUUUGCAGUCCUAAAGAAUUAGUCAGUGCUUCUCUAGUCCUGGAUAUCUAAACUUUAAUGGCACAGUAGAAAGCAUGAUUCAAUCUAUAAAACAUUUCAUGAAAAAAAAUAGAAAAGUCAAAAGGAAAUUUGUACAUAGCUCUACUGGAAUAUUGGAAGACCUCAAUCACAGCACAGAUUUGGAUGAGCAGGAGGUUGAGAAGUAUACUUUUGUUGUCAGCCCACGCACUCUGUCCCGGUAUAGUUAGGGAAGUAAGGAAUUGAUUGCAACCGAAUCAAGAAGUACAGGCCUGAUGCUGCAGUGAGCUAAACCCCUUCAGGAAUUCCAGCAGGAUAAAAGUAUGAGAAUGCACACCAAGAUAGGGUGGGUAUUUGUGGAUGUCAUUAGGAAGUGUAACCAACCAUAGUUAUAUGUAGUAGUGACAGCUGAAAGGCAGAGGCAUUGGUGAAACUGGUGCUCUUCUUCCAGAGAGAUAAAUGUGCACUGGAGAAGGUGAUGUCAUGGUUCAGCAGGAUGAUGGAGAGCCAGACAUACAGAUGAGGGCUAAGGAAACAAAUAAGAGGGGGAGAACAUCAUGAGGAGCAUUGUAAGUCAGAGGUGAGGCACACCUGGCUCUUUCUGAGCCAUUGGCUGGUGAAUGAUAACCCAAAGUUGUCUUGUGUCAUGAGGAGAUGCCAGGCUCUUGGCACCUGAAAGUAGCAUUUCCACUGAAUCCUUUUUUCCCCACAAGAUUUAUUAAAAGGAUAACAGAUACUGUUAGAGAAAUUUCAACCACUGGACUCCUUUCAUUUCAGAACCCAGUUAUCUUUCAGCUCUUUGGGGUGGAGACUUCUUCAAUUUCUUUCUACCAUCCCUUCUCUAACUAAACCAGUGGGCUACCUGCCUGUUUUCUUAUAUAUGCUUGAACUUGUUUCUUAUAUGUAUAUAGAACACUGGGGGGGGGGGGGGGAUUGACUUCUCUCCGUCCCGAGAAUCUGAUGAA